AUGCCGAAGGGAAACAACGCGAUCCCCCAUGUGCACCGGAGGAAGCACUGGAACCCGUGCUCCUCGCAGAAGGGCAACCUGAAGGUCUUUCUCAAUCAACCCGCGCAGAAGCAGCGCCGUCGUCGCCUUCGCCUGCUGAAGGCGAAGAAGACGUUCCCGCGUCCGCUGAAGGCGCUGCGCCCGCAGGUGAACUGCCCCACGGUGCGUCACAACAUGAAGAAGCGCCUGGGCCGUGGCUUCACCGUUGAGGAGCUGAAGGCAGCCGGUGUCAACCCUCGUGUUGCCCCGACGAUUGGCAUUCGCGUGGAUCGCCGCCGCAAGAAUAAGAGUGAGGAGGGCAUGAACAUAAACAUCCAGCGCCUGAAGACGUACAUGAGCAAGCUGGUGCUAUUCCCUAUGAGCUCCAAGAACGUACGGAAGGGUGAGGCCACCGAGGAGGAGAUGAAGGCCGCCGCUCAGGAUCGCACCCGCUUCGGCACUGCGGCUGUUGGUGGUCUUGUGACGCCAGCCCCCGAGGCCCCGCGCAAGCUGACGGAGGAGGAGCGCACAAAGAACGUGUACAAGUUCCUCAAGAAGAACCACAGCGCGGUUCGCUUCUUUGGUGCCCGCAGGGCUCGUGCAGAGCGAAAGGAGGCCAAGGAGAAUGAGAAGAAGUAG